AUGGAUUCAAGCAGUGGUCAGGUCAUUCAUGAUGUUCCACCUUUCCUAAGGGUGUACAAAGAUGGAACCAUAGAAAGACUCCUAGGAACGGAAAUUGCACCAGCAACCUUUGAUCAUCAAACUGGCGUGUCCUCCAAAGACAUAGUUGUCAUACCCGAUACUGGCAUCUCUGUCCGGAUUUAUCGACCCACUCUCACAACCAACCACCAAAGACUUCCUCUGGUGGUCUACUUUCAUGGUGGAGCAUUUUUCAUAUCUUCAGUAUCUGAUCCCUUGUACCAUAGCGUGUUAAACAUAUUAGCCUCCGAGGCUAAGGUUGUCAUUGUCUCAGUCGACUACAGAAGAGCCCCCGAACACCCUCUUCUGACCGCCUAUGAGGACUCAUGGGCUGUCCUUCAAUGGUUGGCUUCCCACAAUUCAGGAGGUGGAACUGAGAAUUGGCUAAAGGAAAAUGUUGACUUUGGCAGGGUGUUUUUGGCAGGAGAUAGUGCUGGUGCAAAUAUAUCACACCACAUGGCAAUCCGAGUUGGGUGCUCAGUCGAGUCUCUAUCAGGGAUCAAGAUUGAUGGAAUUCUUAUGAUACAACCAUACUUCUGGGGUGAAGAACAAAUCGGGGCUGAGGCACACGAUCCAAUACGCAAAGGUAUGGUGGACAAGUGGUGGCAAUUUGUUUGCCCUUCAGAUAAAGGCAAUAAUGAUCCCUGGAUCAACCCGUUUGUUAAUGGAGCUCCAAAUCUUGCUGGAUUAGCAUGUGAGAGGAUUCUUGUGUGUACAGCUGAAAAUGAUAUCUUGAGGGAUAGAGGGAGAUUGUAUUACCAGUCACUUGUGAAGAGCCAAUGGCAAGGUCAAGCUGAGGCUUUUGAGACAGAAGCAGAGGACCAUGUCUUUCACAUCAUCAAUCCAACCUGUGAAAAAGCUAUCAAACUGAUCAAGCGCUGUGCUGAAUUCAUAAACCAUAAACGAAUGAAUGUCAGUUGA